GCCUUUGGAAUGCAAGUCGCGGACAACGUGGAAGAGUUGCAGCAACUGCUGGCCUCCGGUCAAGGCUUCCGCAAGACGGCGACCAACGAAGCGACCGGUGAGGGCUCCGAGACAGCGACAAUCAGCUUCAAGGAGUUUCUGAUCUUGGCCCGGCGAACGCGCGAGAUGGAGAUGCUGCAACUCUCCAAGGAGAUGCCAG